AAAAAGAAGGUACAAAGAACCUACAACGUAAACAAAACCCAAAAAAUGUGGUGUUGCAGCGUUAGUUGUCUACACUCGACUGUAAAAUGGGUUCUGUUGUUAUGUUUCUUAAUUUUCUGCAUCCAGUACUGGUUAAACAAAAAGGAACAUUUAACAAGCGGUGACGAAGUAGCUGUUUUGGUUAAAAAAUAUGCAGGUUUGAAACCAAAGGUAGCUUUUGAGAAGAUUGGUACAGUGUUGCGUAGAAUGUAUCCUGGACACAUCCUACCAGAGGAGGACAUGCAGUGGAUAUUUAUGAAUGCUGGUGGAUGGAUGGGCAGCAUGUGCCUGCUGCAUGCUUCUUUGACUGAGUAUAUCUUGUUCUUUGGUACAGCUGUGGAGACGUCAGGUCACUCAGGUCGAUACUGGGCAAACAUUUCCGAUACCCUGAUUUCGGGGUCAAUGAAGCAAUGGAGGGAGGGAGAGUUAGAGGCUCACGACUACAAUGCUGGUGACGUUGUGCCCCACCCAAUGGGAAAUGUAACAGCAGUCUUCUUCACUGCUGACACCUGGAUGGUUGAGUAUGGCAGAGGAUUUAUACCAUCAACACUCACAUUUGCCCUCGCAGACACCUUCUUUAGCACCACAGACUUUGUGACAUUGUUUUACAUUUUAAGAGUGUAUGCCAAAGCAUUAUUUUUAGAAAUGAAUGCCUCUAUGGAUGAAUGGAGAGAGUAUGUAAAAGAGAAUUUGUAAUUUGAGUGUUAACUCAGUUUACCGAUAAGGGACCAAAUUUGAGACAUUCUUUACCUUUGAAGAAACAAACUCAGGUAUGCAGAUGAUAAAAGCUGCAUAUAGUUUUUCAGUCAAGAAAAUAAGGGUUGAUUCUUUAAGAUAAUGGAACAAAAACUUUUAAGACUAGUCAAGAAUAUUUCUGUUCAUUAUAGUAAAUGAUAUUUACACUUUGAUGUUUGUUCAUUCAUUUUUGAAUGCCCACCACCUUACAUUCCAUAAUGCCCUGUUUUGUUAAAUCAUUUAAUCAAACAACUUUAUGUUUAAGAUCAGAGUAAUAUAACAAUUCGCUGGGAUUUCAGUCGCAUUCUAGGGAUUAAUUAAUAUUAAGUUCAUCAUAGAGUAAAUUAACCUAAUUACAUUAUCAAGUAUCUAAAUGUCAGCAUAAUGAGAAUUGUCUGAUGGAACUGUCAAAUACUAUUUUGUUUGCAAUGAUGAUAAACUCCGUAGAUUUAUUUUACAGAGAGAGAGAGAGAAAAGGGGGAGGAGGGAGAGAGAGAAUGUAUCAUAGCAAAGAAAUUGCAAUGCUUUGUUUGACAUUUAUUUUCUUUAAACAUUUCUUGUUUUAUACUUUUGUACAAGAUUUUUCGGGUAAAACACACUAGGUUUGCUUUAUGUACUAGUAUAUAAUAUUUUGGCACUAAAUAUGUAAAGUUUUGAUUGUUGUUUACAUGAAUUUGCUACUGAGUACACGUAGUCUGUUGUGAUAUGUUGAAUGCAAAUUAAUUUGUGUGGAAGGACCCUUUUCAGCUUGUUUCAGCACUCUGUUUCUUUCUUAUAGUGUAAUAUAAAUCAAAUAAAAAAGAAUUCCACAAA